CUUCCAAAAUGGCUGAUACGUAAGGUCGUGAGGGCCGAGGUGCAUAUUUAAUUUAGUAUUUUGUGCAUGUUUUAAAAAUAUGUCCGUUUUUACUGCACGAAAUCUGCAGCCAAAGUCGGUAUUUCACCUUCUUCGCCAGGGGCAUACAGGACCUUCACGACUCCGUUUGAAACGAAAGGAUCAAAAGGAAGAUAGAAGUUGUAAUUAUAAUCCAUAUAUAUUUCAUCCUCGUGUGCGAACUGUAGAACCAGUAAGGCAAGUAUUACGUAAUACGAAGAGCAUAAUGAAUGUGGGUUUACCAUCAGUGGUUUUGUCUGGGAUGGAUGAUUUGCCUUUCGAGAAUAUAUUGCCUCAGAUGAAACACAGUGUAAUUGCCAGCUCUAUGAUUUGUGAAGAUGGUCAUUAUGUGAAAUAUGUUCAACGUAGUAAAGGCAUAAUAAUGAAUGUUAUGAAGGCAGUAUGGUCAUGUGCAGAUAGGUAUGACAAUGUGGCAUGCAUGCAUGUAUUAAUAAUCUUCAAGUAAUGCACCUAUCAUUUGUUUCCACCACCCCCUGGAGUCCAGGCAACCCUGGGGGAUUUGACAAAUUCUCAAAUUCCAACAAAUUCUCAACCUGGAGAUGAGCAUUUGACAACAAAUUGUGGGCAGUUGACAAACUCAUGUACUGGCCAUCUCGGCUUGCAGCAUGGUUUGUGCUGCGGGAGACUUGGGGCGAUCAUCCAACGUUAUCUCAAUGUUUCUCAACCUCAUCUAGACGUUUUUCAAAAUAAGUCAUUUUCAAGAUGGAUAACAUUUCAAAUGCUGAAAUAGAGAUAUUUUUAAAGAAACAAACCUUUCAGAUGAGAUAUUCAAAAUAUUCAUAUUUUUACCCUUUAGAACAUGUUUUUAUUGUGUGUGACACAAUAUUUUUUUAUUGCGUAUGACUAAAUGUUUCGAAUUAUAUGACCACAUUAAUUAAUAUCCUGAAAUUGUUAACAACUCCUACCCUUCCCACAGGUAUUUUGACUCAGAAAUUGUGUCCUUGGGUGGGGAAUUUGACAAAAAAAGAUGUUAAAUGCCUGUGGGUUUGCCUGCCCUCCGGGUGGGCGGGGUAAGGGUAGGGGCAACCCUCAAAAUUCACCUUGGCACUUGGCAAUUGCCAACGCAAAUGCCAAAGCAAGUUAUGAUUUUUUUGUAGUUUGCCUCGGCAUAAAAAUGCUGAGGCAAUUCCACCUGUUGUACCUUAAAUUAGAAAGUACAGCAUCUGUUUGUUUUUUUUUGCUUAAAUUUACAAACUACAGUGUUCGUUUACAAACUUAAGAUACCCGGUUUCGGUGUACGUGUACGGGUAGCAUGAUUUUGGUUAGCAAUAUUUUCGUCGAUGUCUGUACCUUUACUCGUAAUUAAGGUGCACAUUUUUCGCAUUAUAUCAUUGUCUAUUGCAAGAAAACAGAAAAAAGUAUGAUCGAAUUACAGACAUCAGUAAAACAAGAUGACCCUACUCGUACCCGUACACCGAAACCGGGGUAUCUUAACCUCUCUAGUGUUCGUUUUUUGUAUCACUUCUUUGUUCGAAUUGUUGUCAUUGACGUUGGGUGAACAACACUACAACAGAAGAUUUCAUUCAUAGCUACUUUACAAAAUAUUUAAAUUCGAGAUUUUCAGCGUCGGCUUCGGCAGAAAUAAAGAACAAUCUUGAUGGUUUAAAGACGGCACGUCGAGAAACUUUGUUUUAUCUUUUAGACUGUCAUGUGGUUACCGUCAAGUUUAUUCUUUCAUACAAUUUGUUGUUAAUUACCACUAACUUUUUAGGGGCCAACCAUUUAACUUUUGAGGGGGGGGGGGUGAUUUACUGCUGGCAGGGAAUGAAUUUUUUUCUGGGAUCGUUAUGUGCAAGAUAUAUUUUUAUCCCAUCACUAUGUACGAUUUAUUUUCCACACUUUCUUUCGCAGCAUUUUUUUUCAGUAGCUUAUACUAUUUAGAUUCUUUAUUUAUAGUUAACGUUGAGUUUUCUAGCUUCAUGCAUUGCUCUUAAUAAUACAUAUUGCUAUGAGGUAUAACAUUUGGUUCAGGGCCUUUUUUAAGGAUGUGUAACUGGAGAGGACAUAAUUAGUGGGGGACCUGGAGAAGUUCCAGUCGGCAAGUCUGUAUCCAGGGCCGUAGCUAGCAUGUAUAGUUGGGGGGGGUGUAGGCCAAAAAUUUCCAAAUGACGAAAAAAAAUUCCGAAUAUAUCAUGGCAUACUAAGCCACAAAGGUGUUUGCUAUUCGGAAAAUGAAGACGCAAUUUACAAACAAAAAUACGCAUAUUUUACGCACAGACAUAUUACAGAAGCAGUGCGGUAGGGAGCUUUUGUUUAUUGGGGGCAGAAAACGAGGGCCGGAGACCCGAGGAAAUUUUUAAAUUUCGAGUCUCUGAAAUGCCAUUUCCUGGACUUUGGGGAAGUUUUGACAGAAUGCUGAUGGUCAGAAAAAAGCGUUUUAGUAUGUUGAAAAUUUACAAUUUGCUUACAAUUUAUAGUGACAAUACAAUUUUAUAAUAUUUUCUCUGUUUAACAACUAAAAUUUUGUUCUAAUAUUAUUGCCGUAAUUUUCCGAAUGGCCAAACCGAUUUUCUGAAUAUGUAGAUUCUAAAAAAGUUGGGGGGUUAACCACCCCCCAAUACCCCCCUCGCUACAGCCAUGUCUGUAUCGCUGCAGCUACCUGCAGCAUAUAUAUGCCUGGUUUAACUAAUAAGUAUGUGCCAUAGGGCAGCAGAUCAGGCCAUACCUAGGAUUCUGAGACACCGAGUCAACCACCAAAGGUGGGAGCCUCUAGAGGGUCUGGAGGCAUGCCCCCCCCAGAAAAUUUUGGAUUUCUUGAAGCUCAGAUAAGCUAUUUCCAGCAUUUUGAGGAGUUUUCCAACAAGAGAUUAACCUUACACUAGUCCCUGAAAAUCAAACCAGCUGAUCUUCUCGGACUGAUCAAAUCGAUCCCUGCAACCAUACUGUUUUGCAACAUUUUUUUCCCACCAAAUAAUGGGGCAGGAUAUUUUUUCCCCAGUUUGUUAGUGCAGGUUUUUUUUGUUCCAAAUAGCCUUGCAGGAAUUUUUUUUUAAAAAUCACCCACCCCCUCCCUCAAAAGUUAAAUGGUCGGCCCCUUAAAAACGUUUUGAAUCAGGAAUUUGUAAAAUAACAACAAAUUGUCAACUGUCAGAAUCUACGCUUGUUAUAAUAUUUGUUUACAACAAUUUCCGUAUGUACUUUACUUUAAUUACAACUGCCGACGUGAAUGCCGAAGGGUGCCAAAGUAAUUGCCGAAGGAAUUUAAGGUGAUUUCAUUGCGUGUCUCGGCAAAAAAAAUUGCCGAGGCAAACUCGAAAAUUAUCGAAAGACUUCGGCAAUUAUUUGCCGAGGCAAAAAUAGUUGAAUUUCGAGGGUUGAGGGGGUGGUGGAAACAAAUGAUAAGUGGUGCAUAACUUUUCUAUUGCUCACUGGAAAUGAUGGUUGGGUUGACAAGGGCCAGCAAGACAAACUUGGUCGACAUGGACAUGUUUUCCCAGAAAUUUUUGAAAUCUAGAGUCUCCUAAUUAAAUGACAUUUCAUGCAUUCUGGGGAAUGUUUUACUUGAAAAACCCUCUACAGUUAGAAAACCUAAGUAACCACCCCCAACAAAUGGCUCAAACCAUAUAAUGGAGAAUUACAAGUACCGGUAUUCAAUAUAUAAUUAGUUUGCAUUUGAGAUAGGGAAGAUUAUUCUCUUACUAUAAUCAUUCUUUUGGAGGGUUUCAUUCACACCAGUUUCAUCCCUUGUCCACCACCUUAGCAGGUAAGUGUUUUGUAAAGAAAAUAGGAGGGUCUCUGGGUCCUCCUCCAGAACAUUUUAUACUUUUGAUGCUCAAUGACUACAUUUGUCCAUUUGUGGUUUUAGCACUGCAUAAAUGGAUUUAGAACUGCACAUUUUCCACUCCAUCCCUACCCUGGCCCAGAGGUUUUUUAGUUUGGCGAACGCGAAAUGCGAGAUUCUAAAAAUAUUAUCCAAUCAUUAUCCUUUACGCCAGGCCGUCUAGACAGGGUUUUAUCGCAUGUUUACUGUCCAGUGUAUGCCUGCCCAUUUGUAGGAAUAUUCAUUCUCCUGAAUUUCAUUCAAUUUAAAACAUCACAUCUAUUCAAUUUAAUAUAAAUAUAUAUUUAUAUUCAUUCACUUUAAUCUUGCAAUAUACAUUCAAUUUAAUCCUGCAAUAUACAUUAAAAAAAAUGUGUAUUUUAUAAAAUUAUUAAACACACCUCUUUGGGCCGACGUGAACUUUGUCUGUUAAUACAAAAGCAAGCAAAUUUGUCUUGUACAUUUCAAAUGAAACCAUUCCUCUCCAUUUCGCAUUUCGAAUAAUAGACUCGGGAUUACAAAAUGCGAAUGUAAACUCUCCAUCUAGUAUUGCUUUCUCGUCCUCUUCGUUUGACAGUGAAGUAACACGGCAUCCACGCUUUCUUAGUUCACGGACGUGAGAGUCAAUGAAAGAGUUCAAUUUGCAAAUGACUAUUAAGAUGGGUUUCUCCAGAAAAUUGUGGCUUUUGCCAAGUCGUCGUGCUACUCUCUGUGUUAGAACUUUGGAAUAUUAAACUCUUCCCAUAACCGAUAGCAAGAUGCAAAUACAUCUUUAAUGUGAAUCAAAUUGGACAAGGCGCGGUAUUGAUGCUCCGUUAAACUUUUAAUUCAGGAAAUUUAUCAAUCUAUCUAUUAAUGCAGCCUAUAAAACUGCUUCUUUCAACUUUUGUUCGUUUAUUUAAUAAUAUAGACAUUUCAAAAUUCAAAUGUUUCAAUUCAAUCAAAACACGAAACGCCUGCGAACAGGCUAUGAUGUUUACAAUAUCCAAUCAGAACACGUAGUCUAUCGAACCUAUAGUCAGCAGCCAAUCAACUCUUUGCUUCCAUUUUUGAAAGUUAUGUGUGGAAUGUGAACCCGAAAACUACGCCAAUUUCACCAGAGGGUUAUUCAAAACAGGCGAAAAUAAAUACCCUCUGGUUCCAGGGUACUCCAUCCCCAAUUUUUCAUUGAUUUUGAACAAAUGUAAAACUACAUUUUGAAAAACAUAAGGGGAGCCAGGGAGGGGUGACAGGCACUCUCCCUUGCCCCUCCUUGGCAGCACUAAUUUUCAUACAGUAUUUCUAUCUUUAACCCAUUGUGCCAUAAUACACCCUACUGUAUUAUUUUAGUAGUUUACUCUGUCUGAUGCCAGAUUAUUUUACUCUGUCUAAUGCCAGGUGAUUUUACUUGUCAAGGAGAGAGUGCUGGUACUCAAUGGGUUAAAGGACAUUGGCAAUAAAAAAUUAGUUUAGUUCAAUUGAAAGAACUCUUAAAACUAUAUAUUAAUUUAAACUCUAUUUCAGAUUGUUUAUAUAUCUUGCUUAGUUUUCAAAAUAUAAUAUUUUGACUGAGAAAGGUGAGCUGUUUGCCAUCUUCAAAAAAAUCGACAUUAUGUUAAUAAAUUGUUCACAACAUUUUACAAUAAAUUAAACAAAUUACUUAACAAACAUGUACCCUAUAAAAGGGUGACCCAUUGUGAAAUAAAGAAAUUUACAAAGCCAUAGAUUACUAAUGGUUCAAUAAAAAAAUCAACUAAAGAAAAAAUCAGACUACUUAGCCAAGGCGAUCAUGAUAAAUAUAAAUAUUAUCGAAAUAGAAUUUCAGCACUAAUUCGAAAUAGUAAAAAACACUAUUACUGUUCAUAUUUUGAAAACAAUUUAAAUAAUAUAAGAAAAGUCAUGGACUGGUAUUAAUAGUUUAAUAAAUGGCAAACAAAAAAUUUCUAAUAUAAUAACUGCUUUAAAAAAUUUAGAAAAAAAUGAGAUCAACUAUGGAUCAACCGAGAUCCAUCUUGGAUACCCAAUAUCUUAAACAACAGUCAGAAUCUCAUUUUAGUGACUAUUUAAUACAAAGGCGAUUUAAAGAUUCAUUUGUCUUCACCUUCACAAAUAGAACUGGAAAUAAGCUCAAUGGAAAAUCUCAUGGUCUAUUUUCAUGUCCAACAAGAAUUCUGAAAUGUGCAAAUAAUGUCAUCAGCGGACCAUUAGCUGAAAUUAUGAAUAUUUCAGCUGUUAACAGAAUUAUGCUUCUAUUUUAAAACAUGCUAAAAUAAUUCCUAUUUUUAAAGGAGGUAACGACACUGAGGCUGGUAACUACAGGCCAAUUUCACUUUUAUCUAACUUCAACGAAUUUUUGAAAAAAGUAAUAUACAAGCGCAUCAUGUCAUUUCUUCGAAGUAAGAGUAUUCUGUAUCAUUUACAAUAUGGUUUUUGGAAAAAAUUCUACAGAACAGUGCAAUUCUUAGUAUUGUAAAUAAAAUACAAGAAAACAUGUACAAUAAACGUCUUACCUGUGGUAUCUUCAUCGAUCUUCAAAAAGCGUUUGACACAGUUGAUCACUCAAUUCUGUUACAUAAACUACAUUACUAUGGAUUUAGAGGUAUAAUCCAAGAUUGGUUUUCCUCAUAUUUAAUAAAUCGUGUCCAAACUAAACAAGUUGGUACAAAUAUUUCAAGUAAGGAAAUAAACUUAUGUGGAGUACCAUAAGGAUCAGUACUUGGACCCUUACUUUUUCUAAUCCACAUCAAUGACAUUUGUCAGUCCUCUAAUAAAUUUAGUUUCCAUUUGUUUGCUUUAUUCUGAUAAAACCCCCAAACACGUGAAAGUGUAGUAAAUGAAGAAUUGUGGCAAUUGAUACACCAGGCGGAAAUCUUAGUUUAAAGAUAAAGAGCAGAGCCCAGCAAAUAACUUUAAAACCAAACAUAAUAAAGGUAAAAAAAAAAUAUUAGCUAGGGUAUAGUAUAUAUAUUUACAAAGUAAUGGUUUAAUAUUACAAAAACGGUUACUUAGUUUGAAAGAACAUAUUAAGGUUAAUAUUACAUAACUAAAAUAACUCAAGAGGGGUAUAGGUCUAAUAUUAGCAUUAAGGACAGGGUUAAGUUGAUAAAUUAAUAGGCUUUCACGGAUAAUAAUAUCCCCUCUCUCCUCCGCAGAGGCGAUUGGAAUAGCCUUACAUAAAUCUUACAUAAGAUCCCACUCAGAAGUGCCUGAUGAUAGGAUUUUGAAAUCAUCCAAUAUUGGGUUCGAAAAUAUCCAAUAUUGGCAAUAGUCAAUAUAUGAAUGCAGAAUUCGGCUAUACUUAAGUAUCAACUGCCAGUAAAAUUUCACUCCAAACAUCUGAUAAUACUUAAUUCCUUUCUGUAUCCAAUAUUGUAAUAAAUUGGUGAUUGAUUUUAAAUAAAUGAAGAAAAGGCUCGAGUGUUCUCAUUUUAUUAAUAACUUCCAUAUAGAAAUUAGAACAUAUAUAAUGCAUGCAUUAUAUUUUCUAAUUUCUAUAUGGAAGGUAUUAAUAAAAUGAGAACACCGGGAAAUGACAUGUUUAUUGCUUUUUAUUAACGAAACCGAUAUGGCGAAAUAGAACGGAAUCUGAAGGAAUUGAAUUAUGAAGGAACAAUGUUCAUACAAGAAGAAAAGAUUGAUAUAUACUAAGUUAUGCAAGUUCCGUGGUCGGCUGUUCCGCUAUAAUUAGUCAUAUCCCUGCAUGGCUAUGGACCCAUUUCGUAUAGUAUGUGUGAAUCAUAAUAAAUAUUUUAUCAUAUUAUACGAUACACUUGAUUUUGCUGCUAUAGCCAUUGCUUUCUGAUCAUCUGUCAUAUCAACUUUGCACUAUCCUUGGUAUCUCUGAGUUGAUUAAACCAUUAUUUUGUAAAUAUAUUUCAUACCUUGUAAAUUCAUUUAGAUUGCUCUGAAUAUGUUAUUGUAUUAAUUGGAAACAACGAAACGUUACUCGUUAGCUAAUAAAUUUUUUACUUUUAUUACGUUUGGUUUUAAAGUUAUUUGCUGGGCUCUGCUCUUUAUCUUUAAACUAAAAUGAAGAAUUACUUAAAAUUUAUGACUAAUUAAACGCAAAUAUAGAUUAACUUUGAAUAUAUGUAAAAAAUCCUCUAUAUUAUUAUUAUUAGCAAUAGCUAAUCGAGGCGGGGGCCUCAAUUUAUCAGUGGGCUAAUAUAUUUGGCUGUAAGAUGGAUGUGGCUCACACAACUUUCCUUGAGUAGCAGCUCAUUAAAAUCUCAAAAUGUAUAAUAUCCCACUGAUAAUUCAAAUUCCAUGCAUUUAUUAUAAAAACUAAAAGAUAUACACAUUAAUAGCUUCAUUACCAUUGGACAUUAGUGGCUUCUACAGAAAGUAACAUAUGGCGUCUUAGAAAAUGACAUGAACCACAUUUUAAGGCUCUAUAUUGAUUAUUUUACGAUAUUCAAUCACUAGCUCUCAUCUGAUACAUCCCAAUUGCUGUUGUUGUUUUGAAGGGUAUCUAUUUUGGAUAUCAUUAUCCAAUGUGUGCUUUAUUAUCCAAAGUUUAUAAAACUUUCUUGGUUUCUAAUUUCAAGACGUUAGAUUGUAAUGAGCCAGCAUAAAAAAGCGAAAGUGGUAUUUUCCCUCUUGCGCCUUCUCGAAUGAAAACACACUAGAUGAAAGCCGACUUUUCGUUUAGGUAGCUAAGGUAUGUUAAUAAAUUAAAUUUCUAUUUUGAUAGAUAUCCAGGAUUAUCCAGGCAAGCUAUAUCCUAUAGACCAUAUUUAAAGGUUUCUUGGAAUAGAUUUGGGUAUAACUUCCAAGUUUCAGGAAGAACUGGACUUCUAUUUUCAUCAGAACUUGCAUUGCCAAAUUUUGUUUCCUCCGCGGAAAUUGAAAAAACAACAGAAACGUCAGUUGAGGAAAAAGAUGAGCUCAUAUCACCAAUAUUUGAGUUGUCCCAAAAUGUGUCGGGAACAGGUUUUGAUGGAGGGUUUUAUUAUGAUAUGUUUCCAUUUCCUCAAACGCUGGUCAUAACCGAACGAAAUUGGAAGUUACCACAUCUUAUUGCUCAAGGUUUGUCAGAUAAAACGUUCAUAAUAAUUCACCUAUCCUUUUACACAAAUACUAAGUACUUAUUAAUUAUGUAUUAUAUUUAACAUGGCAUUGACCCAGGAGGCUGCAAAAAGGCUACAAACCUUACCGACUUGGUUAGAAUUGAUUACUUAGUCUUAGGUGAGCACCUUUUGUUCCCAAUGAACAAAUAUUUCAAAGUUUCUUACUUCAAUUUCCCACAUUUGUAAAUGCAAUGGUACCGCCAUCUUGGAUCCUAUUUUGUGGAAAUAUUGCGUACAAUGGUACGCUCGUCUCUGGUAGGAAACAUUCUAAGCUGAGUUAACUAUACGUAUUUUUGUACCUGCACUCCGCAGACUGUCUCGUACCCAGUCGUCAAAGCUAUACAUUAUGAGUACAUGUAUAGAUCAGUAUACUGAGGUGUGUAAUGAAUUCAGCCUUAAUUAUUCUCAUCAUGCACCAUUAUUUUUUUCAAACGUCAUUCAGAGACUAGGUGCGAGUUAAGGGUGCGAGUCUGCGAGCAAGAACACCGCGGUCAAAUAUAAAACGCAUGCUCGAACCACGAGUCUACGAAAUGUCUGCCAAAAAGUAGGAGUAAACACGAGAAAAGAAAGCGGCAUCGCUUUCUCUUUGUGACAUCAUGGAUUGUAAGAUAACUGGAUAGGACACUUCGUGACGUCACAGUCUAAACCUAGUUGCAAAUUGGCUUUCAAAACACAAAUUAAAAUCGAAAAAAAUAACAAUUUAAAACCAAGCUUAAAAUAUGACUAAGCUACAAUAAAAGGAUAAAUCUACUUGUUGAAGUAUGUCUUGGGUAAAAAUACACAGAUUAAAUACUCUAAAUAUGCGUCACAAAAUACGGAAGAAAUCGGGCAAAAUAGGUUGCUAUUGGCGACGCAAUUAUAUCUGUUGUAAACUGAUAAUGAUGUAAACAAUAAAGAUGAACACUUGCCUUAAGAGUUGUUGUGUGGCUUAGGCGGGUUCAUUUCGGCCAUAGAUCAGUAUAAAAUACCAAAAGACAAGAACAAACACAUUGUCAAGCAAAAAACAUGAAAAGGUAAAAAAAUCUCAGUCAAAAGCAUAGGAAAAUCAACAAUACUUCGUCAUCAUUCGCCAUUGUUGACAUCACGAUUUGCAACUAGGUUUCAGCAUAUCUCGAGCAACAACAAAGACCUUUCAGCCAAUCGGCGGGAUGGAAACAUGUCAUGCGACUACAGUUUCCUAUCCAGUUAUUUUACAAUCCAUGGUGACAUGAAGAAGUAAUACUUACUUUACACUCUUGUAGUUUUCUUUACACUUUUUGCUAGAGCUUUGCGAAGACAAUACUAUAUUUCUAGUCUUUUGAGUACAAGCUGACAAGCAGUCGAUAUGCGGACGUUUGACCGCGGUGUUGCGAGUAACUGGUUAAAUGGGUGGCACCAGGUGAACAAAUUAGUAUCUAGAAUGAUUUCAAAUCUUAUUACAAUUAACUGUUUAUUAUUAACUGUUUAAUACGCACUCGAUACUAUUUUUUGCUUAAUAAAAUGUGGGCACGAUAAAAAUCAUAUAAGACUGUCUCUUACGAUUUGGUUUGACUUUGUGCUGUCUUGAUGCUUACAAAUAUAUUUCGAGUAACUUUUUCCAUUUUCUGUUUUUUUAGGGAUAAUGUUCUCGUUUGGACGACUUGUAGAACGUGCUAUCUGUAAGAAUGGAGCAAGUUUUGGUGACGUGCUACAAAAUCCGAUGUCAAUUCGCUCGAUUGUUUUUAACGACCAGAAAAUGGCGCUAUUAUGUUACCAACUGAAUACAUUAGAUUUUGACAAUGAUGAAGGAGUAAAAAAUCAACUGUGGUUAUCACCAGAGUUUUCAAUCUCUUUCCUUAAUGGAGACGCGGGUCAUUCCAAGAACUUGCAGGAUGGAAACAUGGAAUUUCCUGAGAAUGAAUUCAAAGAACUAGUUGCCUUACUUUUAUAUGGUGAAGAGGAAGAAACAUUGCAGCAAAGCUCUGUUAUAUAAAUUGUUGUGCAAUUUUUAAUUACAAAGAACAAAAAAACACAUUUCUUUACCUCCAAUUUCUUGAGCUCAUCAACCAUUCACGUUUCCAUUUUUAGUGUGAAUUUUCUUCGAAACUUCACAAUAUUGUGAUGACUGGGGGGAAAUUCAAACGAAUCAGUCAGUCAGUCAUACAGUAAACUUUCCGGGGUGUGUGUACGAUUUAUGUUUGUAUAUAGUGAUUUAUUGUACUUAGUCAGUGCUUUGAAGGUUAUUUAGGCAAUUUCAGUUGUUUUAUUUAAAUAUUCUUUUAUCCUUUUACCAAGUUCACAAAAAUUUCGAGGAAUCGUUUUCGUUAUUGUAAUUUUUUGUAAAUUUUAUAACAUUCGCUGCUCAUGUUGUAAAAGAUCUUUACCCCGGAACACAACGUUUCUUUACCAGCGCAAAUGCGCAUGCGCUAUCAAGCCGUCAAGGAGCGACAGUGUUGUUUUCAAAUGUAUAUAUAAACAUUUCAGACAUGAAUAUUUAGUAAAUCUUUC